CCUCCGGCCCCGGCCGCCCCUGCCCGCGCGCCCCGCUCUCUGCCCCGGUUCCUGGUUAAGAUGGCGUCUCCCGCGACCGCGCACGCCGCGAAACUUCUGCGAAGCCCAGCACUCCAGGCCCGGUUCCUGGCCGCCAGGUCCCAGGCAAUUCAGCUAACCUCCAGAAGAUGGCUGAACCUUCAGGAAUACCAGAGCAAGAAGCUGAUGUCUGAGCAUGGAGUGAGAGUCCAAAGAUUCUUUGUAGCAAACACUGCAAAUGAAGCGCUGGAGGCUGCUAAGAGACUAAAUGCCAAAGAAAUUGUUUUAAAAGCACAAAUCUUAGCUGGAGGACGAGGAAAAGGUGUCUUCAGUAGUGGUUUGAAAGGAGGUGUUCAUUUAACUAAAGACCCUAAAGUUGUGGGACAGCUGGCUAAACAGAUGAUUGGGUAUAAUCUAGCAACGAAACAAACUCCAAAAGAAGGUGUGAAAGUUAAUAAGGUGAUGGUUGCUGAAGCCCUGGAUAUUUCCAGAGAAACCUAUUUGGCCAUUCUGAUGGACAGGUCCUAUAGUGGCCCUGUGCUAGUGGGCAGCCCUAAGGGCGGUGUUGACAUUGAAGAGGUGGCAGCUUCCAACCCAGAACUUAUCUUUAAGGCUGCAGAUCAAAUUAAGAAGCUGUAUAAUCUCUUCCUGAAAGUUGAUGCUACUCAGGUGGAAGUGAAUCCCUUUGGUGAAACUCCAGAAGGACAAGUUGUCUGUUUUGAUGCAAAGAUAAACUUUGAUGAUAAUGCUGAAUUCCGACAAAAGGACAUAUUUGCUAUGGACGACAAAUCUGAGAAUGAGCCCAUUGAAAAUGAAGCUGCCAAGUAUGAUCUAAAAUACAUAGGACUGGAUGGCAACAUUGCCUGCUUUGUAAAUGGGGCAGGACUGGCCAUGGCAACUUGUGACAUCAUUUUCCUCAAUGGUGGGAAGCCAGCCAACUUCUUGGACCUUGGAGGUGGUGUAAAAGAAGCUCAAGUAUAUCAUGCAUUCAAGCUGCUCACAUCUGAUCCUAAGGUUGAAGCCAUUCUUGUCAAUAUUUUUGGUGGUAUUGUCAACUGUGCCAUCGUUGCCAAUGGGAUCACUAAGGCCUGCCGAGAGCUAGAACUCAAAGUGCCCCUUGUGGUUCGGCUUGAAGGAACUAAUGUCAAGGAGGCCCAGAGCAUCCUCAGUAACAGUGGACUCCCCAUAACUUCAGCAGUGGAUCUGGAGGAUGCAGCCAAGAAGGCUGUGGCCAGCGUGACAAGGAAGUGAUGCCUUCAUUCUGCGCCCCAGGAGAAGGGAUGGUUCUCUUUUCACUGUGAAGAAAUGGCUCUUUCUCAGGAAAGGCUGGGGGAUGAGCAAGAAUCACUGUAUAAAAAUCUGAAAUCUGACUUUUCUCAACUAAGAUAUCUAGGCUGCCUGAAUCUGAAUUUACUUAUAUACCUUUAUAAAAACAAUGUCCUACAGUUUCAUACUUUGUCAUGAUAAGCUUGCUCAUUGAGCAGGAUUUUCCAACUUUGGAAGCAGUCUGUGUGGCCAAAUAAUGUAGGUACAGGAUGAGAAGACAGAUCUGGGCUCAUUCACAAGAACUUUGCUGCCAUUUAAUCCUCUAUAAUAGAAAAAUCACAGCCCAUAAAAAAAAUCUCGGGAUUAUAUUUAACAUAUUAACUACCAGAAGCCAAGGUAUUUGAGCAAAUAGCUUUUGAACACUUCAGCAGGUUUUAUAAGUUCCUAUUUACAGCACACUUAGAAAAUCCAUAACUAUUCUAAAAUGUGUCUUCAAAUGGAAGCUCCACAUUAAUAUAUUGUGCCUGUAUUUUACCAUUUGCCUUAAUAUUGAAAAUACUGUUUACCUCACAUUAAAAUUGAAACCUGAAGCCUUACACAAUUGUGACUUUGCAGUAAAAGAUUUUAAUGUCAGAACUGAGGACUACUGGCUGGUGUGAAAAAGUCUUUGUAACUAAGUCAUAUCGUGAGGACACAGCUCUGAAGAUCACACUGUGUUCACAGUCAGAACCUUCUUUCUCAUCCCUCACCCCCACUACCAGCUUGUGGCAGAAAAUUAAGAAAAUAUAAUGGAGGCGAAUGCAACUUGUUUCCAUAAUGUCCAUUUUGUGGUGGAAAAUUUGUUAGACUUUUCUUUAAACUUUGAUAAAUUUUUAUCUAUAUCCAAAUUUAAAUAAAAUUAUGUUUUAUAAGCUCUAA